CUUGUGAGAAGCAGCGCGCCGACAACCAAACCCUCAAAUAUUCGGCCAAGCAACUUCGACACGUUCACCAACCCUAAUCCCCCCCCUUUAUUAUGCCUUGCUGCAUCCGACAGCCAUGACAGCUUAUUUUUCUUAUUCGGUACAAUCAUUUAAUGUCGAACAUAGGUGAGGCAUCGGGCCUCACGAUCUCUUCUAUUUAAAAAGACAGCUCGCUAUGUCGUGGGAUCUACUCCAGCGCCUUAUCCAGAGUGAUGUCUUCAACCAGGACCCCUUUCUCUCUGUUUCCUAUCUAUCUCGAUAUGCAGACCAUGUCGGAAUCCACUAUGUUCUGUGCUCCAAGCUCCGCCAAUUUCCUUACGAGGACAUCGAAUUCUUCCUACCUCAACUAUGCCACCUUAUAAUAAGCGUCGACAAUGACUCCAUGGCAUUAGAGGAGUUUCUGCUGGACCUUUGCGAAGAAUCCGUAACUGCUGCUCUACUUACAUUUUGGCUCUUCCAAACUUACCUUCACGAUCUUGCCUUGACGCCGCAGUCUCAGGCCUUCAAGACAUGCCGCAGGGUUUACAACAAGGUGCAGCAUAUUGUAUUUGGGCUCUCAGACAGCGCAAGACAUGAGAAGAUUAAAGAGAACAUUUUGCCUGUUACCGUACUAGCGAGUUUUGUUUUGGCCAGCAUCGGCCUUCCGACGCUUCCACAAUGGGCAGGCCCCUUGGCCGUCGCGCAGGCGAGGAGGUCGCAGCCAUCGUCCGAUGCUAUAUCGGAAACAAGCCUGCCGACUCAACCAAGCCAGCCAAGCCAUAUGUCUAAGGUCACCAGGAGUCAGACUGUGACCGCAAAUACAACAAGAUCACGCCGACCUCGUGAUUUAGUCCGAGGAGGAAGUGCUCCUGAUUCUAAACAAUCUAUAUCAUCAUCAAGAAGGCCGCCGCAUAUUGUGACUCAUAUAUCGACGAGUCCCGAACGUGGAGAUUCCACGGCCGAGUCGCGAAAACCGACCUAUAUCGAUAGCACCUUGUUAGAUGCUCGUUUAAGCUCGUCAUCCCUUCCUCUCCCCGAAGUGAGAUCUCCGAGGGCGAUGACAGGACCAGUAGCUCCACUAUCUGCCGGUCUUUCACGACCAACAGAUAUGAUCUCGCGCAGGCACUCUCACCACGUGAAGACUCUGGCAAGUUUGGCAGAGAUGACGGACACCCAGAAGGCGAAGCUGCUCCGACAGAAUUACUUCCACUGUCAAACCGCAUUUCUGACGGCGCUGGAGGAUAUAUCUAAUCGACUAGUUAUAGUGCCCAAGCCGGCUCGUCUUAGUGCUUUGCGCGCCGAGCUUGCGCUAAUUGCUAGAGACCUACCGGCUGAGUUGGAUAUACCCAUCAUAUGUCCGCCUACUCUAGUAGAUGGCUCACCCUCAAAGAGCCGUCAUCACCGUAUUGUCAGGGUCAAUCCUGCCGAAGCUACCGUUUUGAAUAGUGCUGAAAAGGUACCGUACUUGCUCAUGAUUGAAAUCCUUCGCGAUGACUUUACCUUCGAUCCUAGCGCGGGGGAGAACCAAAGAUUACUUAGUAACCUCGUAGCUGAGCAAGGCACUCGCAAGCGAAUCUUCGAUUUAUCAGAUUCUCCAGGAACACCUGCUACCGAAAGGGUGUCCGAGCCUUUGUUGGAGACUAUAGAUAGUGUCUUUGAACCAACUUCGGGGGACCUAGGAACAUCACCAAUGCUCAAGCCCUUCGAUGAUAAUGGGUCCUUCAGCAAAAGAAAUGGGAAACCACCUAGUUCUCGAAAGGGUCUGUCUAAUGGCCUGGCAAUCGCAUCUACGGCUGACCUGACUCCACCGCGUACGUCAGCAACGUCAACGUCGAGAUCAAGCAGUCCUCCUGGCCCAUUGAGGAGGGUAACAUUGCCGAGUCAACGCAAUACGUCUGGCGAGCAACCCGAUUUUUCGGCUCUCGCUACACAUAUGAGAACGGCGUCGCAAAUGCUAGCCCAGCUUGAUGCUACCAAUGGUAAACGCCCGAGACAAGAAGUUGCGGCUAUUAGGUCGAAAAUCAUUGCAAGCAUGCAAAGCCUUGAGGAACAAAGCUUUGACCUUGAUGAUGGCCAAGGUCCCACGUUUGACUUAAUUAUGGCGAAAGCAAGCGCGGCCGCCCAGGCCUCCGAAAACGCAGACUUGGAGGAAGGUGUUGACCCAACAAGCGAUCCGAAUGCUGGUGCAGCUCGAAUGGAGAACGACGCAAUGACAGGAGGAGUACAAAGGAAAGGUGACCGUGAUGAUCCCAGUGCUGCAGUAUUUGGGGAGGCGUGGCAUAUCAAAAAGGAGCGGAUACGAAAAACGUCGCCGUACGGAUGGAUGAAAAACUGGGAUUUGGUCAGCGUUAUCGUCAAAACGGGGGAUGAUCUUCGGCAAGAAGCGUUUGCGUGCCAACUCAUUCAAGUCUGCCAUAGGAUUUGGGUCGAUGCUGGCGUCCCCGUCUGGGUGAAGCUUAUGCGAAUUUUAGUUACUGGGGAGUCUUCGGGGCUUGUCGAAACAAUUACGAACGGCGUUUCUCUGCAUUCGCUCAAGCGGAGUUUGACUUUAGCAUCGAUCGAAUCAGGCGUUAAUCCUCGACGUCGCCUUGCUACGCUUAAGGACCACUGGGUUAAAACAUUUGGCCAGCCUGGAAGCGAGCCUUACAAAGCAGCUGUGGAUGCGUUCAAGCGUUCUCUUGCGGCAUAUAGCAUUAUAUCGUAUAUAUUACAGUUGAAGGACCGACACAAUGGCAAUGUGCUCAUUGAUAACGAAGGGCACAUUAUCCACAUUGAUUUUGGAUUCAUGCUUUCUAACUCGCCCGGUUCGGUUGGAUUCGAAGCAGCUCCGUUCAAACUCACUUGGGAAUACGUGGACGUAUUGGGCGGAGUUGAUUCUCCCGAUUUUGAAGACUUCAAAACGCUAUGCAAGCAAGCUUUCCAAGCUCUACGCCGCUCCGCAGACAAAAUUGUCGAUUUAGUCAGAAUGAUGGGUCUGGACUCGAAAAUGCCAUGUUAUGCGGCUGGUGUCACGCAAGCCACGGCAACAUUAAAGCAACGGUUCCAGCUACACCUAAGUGCCGAUGAAGCCGAAAAUUUCGUGGAGACUGAUCUCAUUACGAAGUCUCUUGGUAGCUACUAUACACGACUGUAAUACUCACCCCUCCCUUCCCUUCCCUACUCCUAACCGAGGCCAGUGACAUACUAACAAUGCAUAGUUAUGAUACUUUCCAAUACCGCACCCAGGGUAUAUAUUAGGCGCUUAGACAUAGAAGCCUGUCGGUGAAACUUCCUGGGGUUGAUUGCUCGCAUCAUGGCAUUUGGGCGGCGUUGUGGGCUAUAAAUCCAGCGGCUUGGACUAAUCUCUGCCUGAAACAGUUAUAUAUAUAUUUCUCUCUCUCUGAAUGACUAUAUCACAGUGGCGAGGCGAUACAAAUCUAGCCUCGUAAAUACCUAGGUAGACAUGAAUUGUUGAUGACUUGGCCGACUACUGGCGCCACUCAUUGAUUUUGGAGGAAUGCGAGAACGAAAUAGACAUUUUCUGUAAACCGCAACCUCGAGCGUCCGGCCGCAUCCAUUGCUUGCUCUCAGGUGAAUUGGAUAAUAUUUAGCCUCUAGAAAUACAUAGCCCAAGUUACAAUUGGAUACCUUGCACUUAUAUAUAGGGGUUAUGCUAUCAUAUACCAUCAAAUCUAUUCCAUCUAGUUUCACGCCCGAUCGAUACUAUUUCCUUGGGUAAUUUUAGCCUAGUUUUAUCACCAAUGCUUUAUUUCUCGC